AUCCUAUACAUGAUACAUAACCUUAUUCUUAGUCUCCUUCCAUCUCUCUCAAAGUCAAAGAACCAAACCUAAGUGUGAUCUAUAUUCUAUCGAAGCGACCGCAAUGAAUAAACUUGCAAAGUCUUUAGCAAAUUAUGUCCCUCUUACUCCUGUAACUUUCAUCAAGAGAGCCUCCAUGGUUUAUUCCAACCGUACAUCCAUCAUAUAUGGCAGAACCAGCUUCACUUGGCAACAAACUUAUGAGCGAUGUUGUCGUCUCUCCUACUCCCUCCGCUCGCUUAAUGUUUACAGGAACGAUGUUGUAUCUGUACUGGCACCGAACAUUCCUGCGCUAUAUGAGAUGCAUUUCGCAGUGCCAAUGGCAGGAGCUGUGCUUAACGCAAUUAAUACAAGGCUGGAUGCUAAAAACAUUGCCACCAUCCUCCGUCAUUCUGAAGCCAAGGUUUUCUUUGUAGAUUAUGAGUACGUUCCCCAAGCAUCUGUGGCGCUAAGGUUGCUGAUGGUGGGUUCCAAAGACAGUUCUGAAGGCCACCAUAGAAUGCCUUUGGUCGUUGAAAUUGAUGAUAUUAACAAGCCCACGGGUGUCAGUCUUGGAAAGUUGGAGUAUGAACAGCUUAUCAACGAUGGCAACCCCGAGUACUCAGGUGAAGAGCUUGAUGACGAGUGGGAUGCCAUCGCCCUGACCUACACAUCUGGAACCACCUCCGAGCCUAAGGGGGUGGUCUAUAGCCACCGUGGUGCAUUUCUGAGCACCAUGAGCUUAAUUCAAGGGUGGGAAAUGGGUACCGAAGCUGUGUUCCUAUGGUCACUGCCAAUGUUCCACUGCAACGGCUGGACGUGUACCUGGGGUGUUGCAGCUAGAGGUGCUACCAAUGUCUGCAUACGCAACACCACCGCCGACGAAAUAUACAAAAGUAUUUCCAUCCACAAGGUGACUCACAUGUGUUGUGCCCCUGUUGUUUUCAACAUCCUUUUAGAGGCUAAAGCCCAUGAGCGUCGUCGAAUAAUCUCUAAAGUCAGCAUACUCACCGGUGGGGCGCCUCCGGCUGCUGCCCUCUUGGAGAAGAUGGAGGACCUUGGGUUCCACAUAACGCAUGCCUAUGGCCUCACUGAGGCCACCGGACCUGCCCUUGUGUGCGAGUGGCAAUCCAAAUGGAAUCAGCUGCCUAGAGAUCAGCAGAUGAGAUUGAAGGCUCGUCAAGGCGUAAGUAUACUCACACUCGCGGAUGUAGAUGUCAAGAACAAGAAAACAAUGGAGAGCGUUCCACACGAUGGCAAGACAAUGGGAGAAAUCGUACUCCGAGGAAGUAGCAUCAUGAAAGGGUACUUAAAAGAUGAGAACGAGACUGCAAAGGCUUUUCAGAAAGGGUGGUUUUUAACCGGAGAUGUUGGAGUUAUACAUCCGGAUGGAUACCUAGAAAUCAAAGACAGAUCGAAAGACGUGAUCGUAUCUGGCGGAGAAAAUAUUAGUAGCGUGGAAUUAGAGUCUAUUUUAUUACAACACCCUGCCAUACUCGAAGCAGCAGUGGUGGCGAUGCCUCAUCCAAGGUGGGGGGAGAGCCCUUGUGCUUUCGUUGUUUUAAGAAAGAUAGGAAGCACAACUGAAACAGAAAUCUUGGCAUAUUGCAUGAACUAUAUGUCGAAAUUUAUGGUUCCAAAGAAGGUGGAGUUUGUGGAGGUGCUACCAAAAACAGAAACAGGUAAGGUCCUAAAAAAAGAGCUUAGAGAAGUGGCGAAAACCCUUAAUAUCUCCAACACACCCAGAAAAACGAUUGAUCUGGAAAUGAACGUUUAGUUCCAUAUAUGAUUCCAUCAAUGUUGGUGGCAAUAAGACGAACCGUUAUAUAAGAAUGUUUAUCCGUC